GUUAAUGUGUGUGUAUGGUAAGUUCGCUGUUGUUUAUCAAUUAAGGGCCUUCCCACACCAGCGGCUUCUGAGAGUCAGCGUCUAGUCAACUCUAUGGCUGCUGCUUAACCCAAUGUUGGCGCAACUGCGCAAGGACACCAUUAUCAUUCCAUAGCGCAAAAGACGCUGAUGUACUGAGGGCCUACCGCGGAACACAUUCGACGUGUUGCCUCCCUGUUCCACUUUCGGACGAGUUUACAAGUGCGACAGAGAGGCAACACGUCGAACGUGGUUCGCGGUUGGCCCUCUGGCACUUUUCUCACAAACCCGCCGCCAAAAUGCCGCUCUACAUCUCGCGGUCACGUGGAACGGGGAUAAAUGGGGACCCGUAAUUCUAGUAGUAGAUUCACAGAACCCGAAAGCAAACCUUAAUAUCUCCGUUCAACUUUCAUGUAUUAACAUAGAACCCUGCAAAAUUGGGCCAGCGAAAUGGCCGUUUGAAGUAUUUUACAGAUUGCGCCAGCAGUUUUAGCUGUCAAUCCUAUGAAUAGUGUCAAAUUCUUGUUUUUUAGGGCUCAACGCCCAAAGGGAAAACGGGACCCUAUUACUAAGAAUCCACUAUCCGUCUGUCACCAGGCUGUACCUAUCUUAUGAAUCGUGAUAGCUAGACAGUUGAAACUUUCAAAGAUGAUAUAUUUCUGUUGCCGCUAUAACAACAAAUACUAAAACAGAAUAAAAUAAAUGUUUAAGGACCCACAAAAAAACAUACAAAAAGACAUACAAAAAAACGUGAUUCUUUUGCCGUUUUUAUCGUAAUGGUACGGAACCCUUCGUCAUCCUUCGUGUGCGAGUCCGACUCGCACUUGGGCGGUUUUUUUUAUGUUUAAAGCCAGGCCUAGGUUCGUGUUAACCCAAAUCUCAUAAAUAAAACUAGAAACAAAUAAAGACUAUGCUAGCGCCAUCUAUAAAACUGUCGACAGUUGCCAACCCCAUUGUAACUACCGCGCAAAGCUAUUUAAAAAGUGAUAACAUGAAUUUCUAGCCGGCGUCCGUUCCGUGUCCUCCGACGACGGAUACGACACGGAGUGGUUGUGUUACGACGAGAACGGAAGAACGGAACCGAGCACACGAUAUUCAAAAACAAUAAAAACCGCAAUCCAAGGCAAGCACGGCCGUCCGCUCAAUGCUCAUCGAGCUGCGUUGGCAGACGCAUAACGUUUUAACAUGAAUUUCUAGCCGGCGUCCGUUCCGUGUCGUCCGACGACGGAUACGGCACGGAAUGGCUGUGCUACUACGACGAGAACGGAACCGAACACACGAUGAACUUCUCCGCGCUGCCGGACGAUUCCGACGGCUGGAUAUUCGGAGGCGUAUAUUUUUACCUCUACACCAGGAACAACUCAAAUGAUCCAGAACUCUUGCAAACAGAAAUAAAUGGUCAAACGAAGAGCCAGUAUUUCGACCCCUCAAGAGACACCAAAGCAUUGACACACGGUUGGAGAGGUAGCGGCAAUGAUACUUGGAUACAGAUUCAGAAGACACAUUUCUUAGACAGAGCCGAUUUGAACGUUAUAGUAGUGAAUUGGCAUGAGCUGGCAAAGAACCCGAAUUACGUGUGGGCGGCGUUAUCCACGCGGUACGUGGGUAAGCAGCUGGCAAAGUUGCUCAAUUCGAUGGUCGACAACUUUAAUACGACGGGAGAACAAAUGCAUUUGAUAGGACACAGCUUGGGAGCGCAGGUCAUGGGAUACGCUGGAAUGUUUUUCAGUAAAAAUAUGUUUAGAAUUACCGGGCUAGACCCCGCUCGCCCGCUGUUCGAAUUACCCCCAAUGCCUGACGAAUACCGUCUGGACAGAACUGACGCCAUGUUCGUAGACAUCAUCCACACGGAUGGAGGCUUCUUCGGGUACAAAGAGAGCUACGGGCAAGCGGACUUCUACCCCAACGGGGGAACAUCUCCGCAGCCGGGAUGUGAGGGAGAGGAUCGGGGACACGUAGAUUCUUGCAGCCACAGUAGGUCGCACGAGUUUUUCGGAGAAUCAAUUCAAAGCAGCGUCCCGUUCACUUCCUACCUGUGCGACGACUUCCAAGGCUUCGAGAAUGGCGAGUGCAAGACCAACACGUCCAGCAUGGGCGAGCCAGCCCAACCUAGAUCAGAGGGAAACUACUAUCUGCAUACGAGAAACGAGUCUUUGUACGCGUUGGGAGACGAAUUCUAGAAAAUUAGUAAAUUUCCACACUAUACACAUAUUGUGGUCUAUUUACUAUUUACAAAAUUAUAACUUAAGAUGCCUCAUAGAAUUUUGAAAUGUCUUACCUACCUAUUGUAUUGGGGUGAAAGGUAUAUGGGGUUACUUUCAUAGUUAACACAUUAUUCUUUAUUUACUCGAAUUGUUCGUGUAAUUAUUGACAUUACAAUGAAUUUAUAUUUACUUACAAUUAAAUAAAAAUCCUACAUAAAAUAAUGGCUUAAAAACUGGAAUUUCAAAGUAGAGUGACUGCAUUUCAUGGCUAUACCCCAUUAUACGGUAUCUGACAGACUGCUCCGCACCAUAUCUAAUGUCCAAGUGGCAUUUGAAAUAGCUGUGUGGGAGCACUAUUAGGGUAUUUUGCCUUUCUUUACUUAUUGGCUUAUUUGUGUAACAAAAAUGUUCCGUGCGAGUGGCAUUAAAAAUUCAAUUCAAUUUCAUUUAUUGAGAGACCAACUGAGAUCAUUAUUGUUAAUAAAAGAUUUAUAUCUUAAAAUAUAUGGUUAGUACUAUACACAAUAACGGGAAUGUCAAUAAAUUAAUGAUAAAUAAGAAUAAAUUAAUUAAUUGAAAUUGGAAAGUGGAGUGAAAAUGAAACAAAGGUGACAUAUCAAAAUUGUAAUCAAGUAACAAAAAAAUCAAGUAAGUAUCACAGUUGCAUCAUCAAGGUAUCACAAUAAUAAAUGUUAUUAACAAACAUAAUAAAAUCAGUCAAAGUUUUUGUUUCUACUACUUAUUAAUUUAAUUGGAAAUGCUUAACUUACUAAUAUCAAGUCUCCUGACC